AUGACGGUUUUACCGCAGGAUAAAAGUCUUCCCCCUUGCUUCCCCGACCGGCUACCCCCGUCCGCCCACCUCACGGUCCACCGUCCAAUCAUCAGUCCCCGACCAACCCGGCUACCCCGUCACGCCCACCUCACAGUCCACCGUCCGACCGUCAGUCCCCGGCCAACCCGGCUAACCCCGUCACGCCCACCUCACAGUCCACCGUCCCAUCAUCAGGCCCCGGCCAGCCCGGCUACCCCCGUCCGCCCACCUCACGGUCCACCGUCCAAUCAUCAGGCCCCGGCCAGCCCGGCUACCCCCGUCCGCCCACCUCACGGUCCACCGUCCCAUCAUCAGUCCCCGACUAGCCCGGCUAACCCCGUCCGCCCACCUCACGGUCCACCGUCCCAUCAUCAGUCCCCGACCAACCUGGCUACCCAGUCCGCCCACCUCACGGUCCACCGUCCAAUCAUCAGUCCCCGACCAACCUGGCUACCCCGUCCGCCCACCUCACGGUCCACCGUCCAAUCAUCAGUCCCCGACCAACCUGGCUACCCCGUCCGCCCACCUCACGGUCCACCGUCCCAUCAUCAGUCCCCGACCAACCCGGCUACCUCCGUCCGCCCACCUCACAGUCCACCGUCCCAUCAUCAGAUCGGCUACCCCCGUCCGCCCACCUCACAGUCCACCGUCCCAUCAUCAGUCCCCGACCAACCUGACUACCCCGUCCGCCCACCUCACAGUCCACCGUCCCAUCAUCAGAUCGGCUACCCCCGUCCGCCCACCUCACAAGUCAUCGUCCCAUCAUCUGUCCCCGACCAACCCGGCUACCCCGUCCCCCACCUCACAGUCCACCGUCCCAUCAUCAGUCCCCGGCCAACCCGGCUACCCUGUCCGCCCACCUCACAGUCCACCGUCUAA